ACACUUGUCAGAACUUGUGUGAAUUUUUAUCGAAUCACUUCACAAGUUGUAAAAAAUAAUGGCGGAAAGUGUAUCGUUAGUGUAAUAGGUCCAGCCAACUUUUUUAGUUUUAGCUACCAUUUAAAUUCACUAUGACGGGAAGAUAUCUAAAAGAGGAAUAAACCAAUAGUUUAAAUUGAAUCGAGAAACGCAUGAAAGAAGCUCAACCCCGUUGAAAAGUCAAGCUUACGAAGUGCAUCAUUACAGAGAGCCGCCCCAGAGAGCCAGAAAAGGCGCCGCUCGCGUGACGACUCUGGACUCUUUGCUGGGAGGGGAGGAGUGGGGGGGGUGUGCGCGUUCCUCUCCCUCGGCCAGACGCACCACGCCAAAAGGGCGUCUUAGGAUUUUGCACCACGAAGUUAACACCACUGCCCGCCAGAGACCUCCCGUUUGCCUCUUACGGAUUUUCUUUAGGAGCUCCCCACUUAUUAUGCGCUACAAUGGAUGCAAGCAGUCUUUGCCUUAGCAUGAGAGAUGAGGACCAGUCCAUUCAUGUCCGAUACAGGAUGGAGGCCUCCUGCCUGGAGCUGGCCCUGGAGGGAGAGAGGCUGUGCAAGGUGGGCGACUACCGCUCCGGCGUCUCCUUCUUCGAAGCGGCCAUCCAGGUGGGGACCGAGGACCUUCAGAUCCUCAGCGCCAUCUACAGCCAGCUGGGGAACGCCUACUUCCACCUCCACGACUACAACAAGGCCAUGGAGUUCCACCAUCACGACCUCACCCUGACCAGAACUAUUGGGGAUCGCCUUGGAGAAGCCAAAGCCAGCGGUAACCUCGGUAACACUUUGAAGGUUUUGGGGAGGUUUGAUGAUGCAGUCAUCUGUUGCCAGAGACACCUGGACAUCUCCAGGGACCUGCAUGACAGGGUGGGGGAGGCCAGAGCACUCUAUAAUUUUGGGAAUGUUUUCCACGCCAAAGGGAAGAGCAUCUGCUGGAGCGGGGUGGACCCGGGAGAUUUCCCAGAGGAGGCCAUGACCGCCCUCCGCAGAGCAGCCGAGUUCUACGAGGCAAAUUUGUCUAUCGUAAAAGAGCUGGGGGAUCGGGCCGCGCAAGGCCGCACCUAUGGUAACCUUGGCAACACCCACUACCUGCUGGGUAACUUCCGGAAUGCCGUGGUAUCACACGAGCAGCGUCUUCUCAUCGCCAAGGAGUUCGGGGACCGGUCGGCAGAGAGAAGGGCGUACUGUAACCUGGGCAACGCCUACAUCUUCCUGGGGGAAUUCGAGGUGGCAGCUGAACACUACAAGAGGACCCUGCAGCUGGCCCGGCAGCUCCAGGACCGGGCCGUGGAGGCCCAGGCCUGCUACAGCCUGGGGAACACCUACACCCUGCUGCAGGACUACGAGCGGGCCAUCGACUACCACCUCAAACACCUCAUCAUCGCACAGGACCUCAACGACAGGAUUGGGGAGGGGCGUGCGUGCUGGAGUUUAGGGAAUGCCUACACGGCCCUGGGAAACCAUGACCAGGCCAUGCAUUUCGCAGAGAAACAUCUGGAAAUCUCCAGAGAGACGGGAGACCGCAGCGGGGAGCUUACGGCCAGGAUGAACGUGUCCGACCUCCAGACGGUCCUGGGGCUCAGCUACAGCACCAACGCCUCGGUCCUGUCUGAGAACAAGGAGAUCGACUACAACAUGCACGGGGCGAGGCCGAGGGCGGGCCGGAGGCACAGCAUGGAGAACCUGGAGCUGAUGAAGCUCACGCCCGACAAGCUGAACGGCCCGAAGUGGAGCAGCGAAAUCCUGGCCAAGCCGUCCAAGCCCGCCCUGUCCAAGUCCUCCAAGCUGUCGUUCGUCAGCCGCUUCAGGAGCCGGAAGCACAAGAACCCCGGCUCCUCGGCCAAAGUGCUGCAGGACAGCAGCAACACGCUGGACACGCAGGCCGAGGCGCAAGGCCCGCAGAAGAGGUCCAGCCCGGACAUGCUGGGCGACGAGGGCUUCUUUGACCUCCUCAGCCGUUUCCAGAGCAACCGCAUGGACGACCAGAGGUGCUCCAUCCAGGACAUCAAGAGCCGUCUCUCCGCCCCCCCCAGCCCCUCCACCCAGCCCACCCAACACAGAGGCAUCAGGAAAUCCCACUCGGACUCUGUGGUCCCCCCGGGCCGGGACCAGCUCCUGAAUAUGGUGGCCACCUCCCAGAGCCGUCGCCUCGACGACCAGCGGGCAAGCGGGGGCAGCUUCCCGGGCCUGCGGCUGAACCAGCAGAACAGCCAGUCUGUGCUCAACCACCUGAUGGCCAACGCUGACAACACCGAGCCGGACGAAGACUUCUUCGACAUGCUCGUCAAGUGUCAGGGCUCGAGGCUGGACGACCAGCGGUGCGCCCCGCCCCCGCUGACCUCCAAGGGCCCCACGGUGCCGGACGAGGACUUCUUCAGCCUGAUCAUGCGCUCGCAGGCCAAGAGGAUGGACGAGCAGCGCGUCAGCCUGCCCUCCCACGCCCGGCGGGGCGACCCGAACUGACCCGCCCCGCGACGCGGGCGCUUUCCCCAGUCCCGCGAGCGUUUAAACAUCUCCUCAGCAGCCCCCUGCAUCCCAGGAGUCCGUGCACAUAUGUACAGAGGGAGGGGCCAUGGCGUACGGUCCGGGCAUCAGACCCACAGAGACUCAGAUUUUUAUACUGCACAGGAGAGGACAGCUCCCCCAGUGGUUUUUAUUUCUGUACAGAAUUUCAUUCGCACUCCUCACCUCUCAGGAUAAUACAUCCUGAGGGUGCCAGGCAGCAGUUUUUAUUUGUAUUUAUUGUGUGUUUUUUUGUAAUGUAGCAAGCACUUGCUCCAACUGCCAUUUCAUUUCACCUUGUGUUGUGUGUGUUUUUUUUCUCUAGGUUCUCUGGUAGUUUUUAUCAAAAGGUGCAGCACUAUAAUUGGUGUUGUUUUUUUAUCAUCUUCUGUAUGCUUGUGUCAGGGUAUAGGGUUGUACAGCAAAGGGGGGCAUCAGUGAGGAAGGGAAGGAAAAAAAAUGUAUGGAAAUGUCGGGUAAAACAAUGAAUUUAUUAGUAUCUCCAAUGGUGCUCUUUUAUACUGCACAUUUUAAAUACAAUUAUGGAGGAAUUAAACCUCAUCUAUUAUCAACUUA